AUGGCGACCAACGUUCUCUCCCUCCCACCAGAGCUGCAGAGCACAAUCGCUAGUUUCACCACCGACACAGACCUUCUCGCAUUCCGAAAAGCCUCCCGCGAGCUCCGCGCAGCAUCUCACGGCACCUUUGUCGAACGAUUCUUCACCACGAAGUCAGUCCUGUACACCAGAUACAGUCUGCAACGGCUACAUGACAUUUCCUCUCAGCGCCACCUCGCCGCCAAGCUUCGAACCAUCGAGUUCAAGACGUUCAACAUUGCUCCCGACUUCAGACUCCGACAACCAGUGCCGGAGCUCUUCAAGGCAAAUGUGCUUCCGCUCUUCCAGAGUACCAUCGUGGAUGCCUUGGACUUCGAUGAGAGCCAUGUGCGCAUGCUGGCGGAGACCCUCGACAAUCUUGCAGAAGCCGGCGCGAGGCCCAGCUUCAAGAUCACACCGUACAAGCCCGACGCUCAGCUUGCAAAACUCACUGCACUUCGCGUCUUUCCCGAAGCAUGGUUAACACAGCUUGCGGCAAUGACGAUGACCAGCACAGACCAAGUCGGCAAGGUACAAGGCACGUACGCUCACGCUCUCUUGACCUUGGUCAAGGCCAGUGCUGCCUCCAGAGCACCCAUCACAGACCUAGACAUCAGCAAAUCGGAACUUUGGACGACAAAACAGGGCUCUGAACUUUCCGACGAGGUUCUCGCCAAGUCGUGGUCGCACUUGAAGUCUCUCAGCAUGUCCGUGGACUUCUUCGGCUUCAACCAAUCCAAGGUGGACCAGAUGACUCGAAUUCUCACAUCAGCGAAGAAUCUCGCAACCGUGAAGAUCAACUUCACGAGAGCCUACAACAGGACACAACACCCACAAGCCCUGGGAGUGAUCGGCGCUGCGACUGCACACCACAGCCUGCGAAACAUCUCGAUCACGGGAUACGACAUGAACAACCUGUCCAGCGACGUUCUACGCGCCCUAUUACUCCAUCAUCGCGGCUCACUGAAAGACCUUCGGGUCGAAUAUAUGACAUUCUUCAGGCCCGAUGACUUUUACGACUUCACGGACUUCCUAUCUGAAUUUUUCAGUCUGGAGAACACGGUGCUUGCCUGUAUCAGCGCUGAUGAGAAAGAGCUGCUCCUGCAUGGCGGUGGCAAUGUUGUGAAGAUUUUGGGCGAAGAGGAGAGCAAAGAACGACUGCGACUCCUUCGCGAGACCUCGGACUUUGAUGCUUUGGAAGUGCCUGAUGAGGACUGGGAUGAAGACGAAGACGAAGAAGAUGGCUUGAACGACGACAACAAUGUAGGACAACAACAGCAGGGAGAUGAUGGGGACGAAGAAGUCGAAUACGACAGCGACGGCUACCCCAUCGACGACGAUGAAGAGGACGAUGAGGACGAGGACGAGGACGAGGACGAGGAUGGAUGAAGUUGUAUUGACGGCUACAACAACAAGAGACAUUGAAAGGAUAUCUCAACAGGCACCGAAAGUAAUGUUCAAUAACUGGCUGUCAUCAUUGUUCUGA